UCAACACCCAGAGCCCUCUCUCGGAAGCAGUCAUGCCUGUGACAAAGAGUGCUGGGGGCCCCCAGGGCACUGUUGACCUCAAACUGGACCUCAGGUCCCCUCCCAAAAGUGCCAAGAAGCUGCAAAACAAGGACUCCAGUUUCUGGGAUGGACCCCCUUCCGAGUCACCAGGCUUAGAGAAGACCAAGGGCAUAACAGCGUUCCAGACCUUGGUUCACCUGGUGAAAGGCAACAUGGGUACAGGGAUCCUCGGGCUACCCCUGGCUGUGAAGAAUGCGGGCAUCCUGAUGGGCCCGCUCAGUUUGCUGGCCAUGGGCUUCAUCGCUUGCCACUGUAUGCAUAUCCUGGUCAGGUGUGCCCAGCGCUUCUGCCACAGGCUUAACAAGCCCUUCAUGGAUUAUGGCGACACGGUGAUGCACGGCCUGGAAGCCAGCCCCAGUGCCUGGCUCCAGACCCAUGCCCACUGGGGAAGAACUGUUGUUACCUCACUUCUUACUGCCCCAUUGGUGAUUGUGUUAGCAGAAGCAAGGGUGCUGGUACAGGGUCACCAACCCCUGGGGACAGAAAUAGAAAUGACAAACCAACUCUUCUUUUAUAACAUGUUUUCUUUCUCUCUCCUCUCUUCCAGGAAUAUCGUGAGCUUCUUCCUUAUAGUCACCCAGCUGGGCUUCUGCUGUGUGUACAUUGUGUUUCUGGCUGAUAAUUUAAAACAGGUAGUGGAAGCAGUUAAUGGGACCACCAACAACUGCCAUUACAACGAGACAGUGUUUCUCACGCCCACCAUGGACUCGCGACUCUACAUGCUCUCCUUCCUGCCCUUCCUGGUGCUGCUGGUCCUCAUCCGGAACCUCCGGGUCUUGACCAUCUUCUCUUUGUUGGCCAACAUCAGUAUGCUGGUUAGCUUGAUCAUCAUCACCCAGUACAUCGUCCAGGAAAUUCCAGACCCCAGCCGGUUGCCACUGAUAGCAAGUUGGAAGACCUACCCUCUUUUCUUUGGAACAGCCAUCUUUUCAUUUGAAAGCAUUGGUGUGGUUCUGCCCCUGGAAAACAAGAUGAAGGAUGCCCGCCGCUUCCCAGCCAUCCUGUCUCUGGGAAUGUCCAUCAUCACUGCCUUGUACAUCGGCAUCGGGUCUCUGGGCUACCUGCGGUUUGGAAAUGACAUCAAGGCCAGCAUAACCCUUAACCUACCCAACUGCUGGCUGUACCAGUCAGUCAAGCUGCUGUAUGUCGUUGGGAUCCUGUGCACCUACGCCCUGCAGUUUUAUGUCCCUGCAGAAAUCAUCAUCCCCUUUGCCACCUCGCAGGUAUCAAAGCGCUGGGCACUGCCUCUGGACUUGUCUAUCCGCCUCGCCAUGGUCUGCCUGACAUGUACCUUGGCCAUCCUUAUCCCCCGCCUGGACCUGGUCCUCUCCCUGGUGGGCUCCAUGAGCAGCAGUGCCCUGGCCCUCAUCAUCCCGCCCCUCCUGGAGAUCACCACCUACUACUCAGAGGGCAUGAGCCCCCUCACCAUCGCCAAGGACGCCCUGAUCAGCAUCCUGGGCUUCGUGGGCUUUGUGGUGGGGACCUACCAGGCCCUGGACGAGCUGAUCCUCUCGGGACAACCCCUCACCUUUUCCAACUCCACCGUUUUUAUUCAGUGAGAAUGGCACUGCACCUUAUCCACCAGCACCUGACUUUCGCUGGUAUGGAUAUCUUGUGUAUGCUUUAUCUUUAUUUUGCCUCUUUAUCUUUUUUCUGGGCCAAGUCAUGGUGAAGCAAGCAAGGACUCACCAGCUACAGGGUCUAGAUGGUAAUUUACAGAUUUGUUUUUAAUUACUUUUCUUUCCAUCUCUAGCUUUCCCUUAAGUUGAGAGUCUC